CUCUCUCACACACACACACACACAUACACACACAACAUGCAAAGGAUACCAACUCAUAGAUUAUUUUUUUUAUGAUCAUUCAAUUUUUCUACUUCCCCCUUCUACAUACAAUUCUAUUGUCCAUCCUUCACAUACAACACUAUAUAAAGCCCAAACACUCCACUCAAAAUCCCAAACUAACAAAAGAGAAGUAUGAAGACCUCCUCCUCCUCCUUGUUUAUAGUCUUCUGUAUCCUUCUUCCCAGUAUCAAUGAAGCCAACCAAGCAAGCAAACUACGAGAGCUCAUUAAAUCAAAGAGAUCGUCGAGUUCUUCUUCAGACGAUUCAUUGCGAGAGAUAUUAUCUACCAAGUCCUUUUCUCCGGUCUACGUCAGCCCUCAAGCUGGUAUGAAGGAAACAGAGAAGGUUGAGGAGUUGCCAGGGCAACCAAAGGGUGUGGAUUUCGAUCAGUAUGCAGGUUAUGUAACUGUCGAUCCUAAGCAUGGAAGAGCACUGUUUUAUUAUUUUGCGGAAUCUCCUCAGAAUUCUUCUAGCAAACCUCUUGUUUUAUGGCUCAAUGGAGGACCUGGGUGCUCCUCUUUAGGAUAUGGAGCUAUGGAGGAAGUAGGACCCUUCAGAGUAAACAGCGAUGGCGAAACGCUCACCAGAAAUUACUAUGCAUGGAACAAUGUGGCAAAUAUUUUGUUUCUGGAGUCACCAGCCGGCGUCGGGUUCUCUUAUUCAAACACAAGUUCAGAUAUUUCUCAGAAUGGAGAUAAGAGAACUGCAGCAGAUAACUAUGUGUUCCUUAUAAACUGGCUGGAGAGAUUCCCACAGUAUAAAACUCGUGAUUUCUUCAUUGCAGGAGAGAGCUAUGCAGGCCAUUAUAUUCCAGAACUUGCAUCUCUUAUCCUACAAAACAACAAGAUCACCAAUCAAACUGUUAUCAACCUUCGAGGUGUUGCUAUCGGGAAUGCUUAUAUCGACGAAAUGUCUAAUGAAAUAGGACUAUAUGCAUUUUAUUGGAGCCACGCUCUAAUCUCAGACGAGACUUACAACAAUCUCAAUUCAAGUUGCAAUUUUACCGGUCAAGAUUACUCUCUUAUUUGUAGUGAAGCAAUGGACAGAGCAAACGGAGAAUCAGGAGAUAUAGAUAGUUACAAUAUAUAUGCUCCACUUUGUGAUGGUUCAAACAGCUCAUCAGGGGUUGCGAUGGCAGAUUUUGAUCCUUGUUCAGAUAAUUAUGUAUAUGCUUACUUAAACAAUCCUGAAGUUCAGAAAGCCCUUCAUGCAAAUGUGACAAAAUUGCCACAUGAUUGGGAAGGCUGCAGUGACAUUGGAUGGACUGAUUGGCCUGAUACAGUGUUACCUAUCAUUAAGGAGCUUACUACUAGCGGCAUUAGUUUCUGGCUCUACAGCGGUGACAUUGAUAGUGUGGUUCCUAUAACGUCUACAAGGUACUCCAUCAAAAUGCUUGGGUUGCCAAUUAAGAAUUCAUGGCGCCCAUGGUACGUCAACAAAGAGGUCGGAGGUUAUGUUGAGGAAUAUGAUGGAUUGACGCUAGCAACUGUUAGAGGAGCGGGGCAUACGGUUCCAAGUUACCAGCCCGAAAGAGCAUUAGUCAUGAUCUCUUCAUUCCUCCAAGGACAACUUCUACCUAGAAAAGCAAAAUAACAGUCUCUGUGAAAGAAAGGCUCCAAUAUAUUUUUCCUCGAUAUCUAUCGUGGUUUAAAUUGAAGCGUAAGGAGAAAAAUAAAUCAUUUGUCAUUUAUUUGAAGUUGUUUCUUUUCUUAAAUAGGUCGUUUCUGUCAAGUACUAGUUAUCUCCAUUUCUAACCUGGAACCUAGCAUUACUAUAUAAUCAUGUGGA